AUGUCUUAAAGUUUAUUAAGAAAAUCUCGAACAAAUUAGGGUGAUUUAAGUCAAAGUCAUAGUUCACCAGUGAUGAAUGAAGAGGGAAUGAGAAAUUUCAGAAUUUAAUUCUCAGACUUAUCCAGAAAAAGGUUAAGUGAUAGUGGAGAAGUCAAGGAUCCAACAAUCUAUAGUCGAAAAAAAUCAAGACUAUCUUAAUUUUCAAAUAUUAAUAAUAGGCAAAGAGAUUAGAGUGAUCAUAAUCUUAGUAUUAAUUAGUACACUGCUACUACAAAAUAACAUUAUCAACUGAAAUGGAAAGAGCUAAGUGGAUUACCCAAAAAUACUGAUUUACAAUAAAUACUUAGAACAUUUCUUGUGAAGUUAAAAAGAAACGCUAAUAUUUGGGAUCAACUUAGCUAUAAAUAUGCUAACUUUAAAGAAAACUAUCUUUAAGAUGAAGUUAGAUUGUAAUCUUAGUAUAUAUCAUACAUGAGACAAUCUUUCCAUUACAUUAGAUUAUUGUCACUUUUAACGGUUCCAAUUUAAGCUGGAACUCUUUAUAUUGAUUAAUGGAUUUAAGGCUUUAUAAUUAUAUUUUUGAUAAUUGAAUAAAUUGAUUAGUUAUUAAAAAUAAAAUUGGUAAAAUUAAAUAUGUUUUGUAAUUUCAUUUACAUUGGAACCACCAUAUUAUUAAAUUUUGAUCUCAAUUUAACUUGGAAAUUAAUUUUAUUGAUUUUAUCCUUAAAUGGACUUUUAUAUUAAUUUUAAUGGAAUAAAUGUACUCUUGCUUUAUUACUUUUAAUCUAUAUAAAUUAUUUUGCAAAUUUAUGGCUAUUGAUUAAUUAUAAUGAUUGUACAUAUUUAGAUUCCCUCAUUUGGACAAUUAAUAAUUGUGUAUAAUAUUCACAAUAAAUAGAAAGUUACCAUUUAAUGCAGUUGAUACAUAGACGGAAAACUAAAAUAAUUAAAUCAUCAGUGUAGCCUUUUAAAUAUUUUCGUUUUACUUUUAGAUACUUUUUAUUUCAGUUUUAGUAAAAUUCUCUUUUUCAUCUAGUCUGUAUAAAUAUUUGAUUUAAUAUUAGAUAGGAAUUAUUUGUAGAUUUUUUAAAACUUAAUAAGGUAGAUUAAAAACUUAUAGAUGAGGCUAAGGAUAUAUUGAAUUAAAAUAUUCAUUCUGAUGAAUUAUAAAGAGUAACUUAAAAAAUUAAAUAAAAUAGGUAAAUAAUUUAAUGUAGCAAUUACCAAUAAAUAUAUAAAAACCAUUAUUUUUUAUAAUAAAGAGUAAAAAAUUGCAAGAAAUUGCUUUUUUUACUUAAUAUUUUUCUAAACAAUCAAUUGAUGAAAUUGCAUUUGAAUCUGUGUUGAAAUUUUGCAAAUCAAAUGAGAUUAUUGUAGAAAAAGGAUAGUAAAAUGAAUAGAUUUAUGUUGUAUUAUAAGGUGAGAUUGGAAUAUAUGAUAAUAAUAUUUAUCUUUAAAGUUUGCCAAUGAAUUAGGCUUUUGGGAUAGAAAAUUUAAUAAUGAAUUAAGGACAUAACUUGACAAUGAGAAGUAAAGGAAAUUCAAUUUUAAUAUAAAUAAAUCACUCUUAAUUUAUUUAAACAAUAAAAAAAAUCAAUAAUGAUUUAGAAAUAUUUCAUUCAAUAAAAAAUGAAGUUUUGUUUAUGAAUAAAAUUGAAUUAUUACUUUAAAGUUGUUAUGUUUGUGGAUCAUUUGAACAUUUAAGUUCUUAAUGCAAUAAGGUGCAUAUUAAUUUGAAUAAGAAUUUAGUUAUAAGUAGACAUUUAUACACAAAACCAUAGAAGAGAAAAAAGUUUGAUAGAAAAUGGGAUCAUAGAGCGAACUCUUUAUACAAUUAUAAAUUAGUAAAAAGUUGUGGGAGAAGAUUAAAAUGGAAUUAUGGAAUUUAAUUACCAGAGUGUGAUGUUUAUGAAAGAGGAGAAUAUGAAUAUGAUGAUGAAGAUAAUGAAGAAAUUUAUUAAGGACAUCUUUCUUAUAAAGAUUUAACAAAUCCAUCAAGAGUAAGAAUUUAAUCUAAUUUAAGAAGAGUGUAGAAGUUGUUUCAGGUUAAACUUUAAAGGAUACUUUUUAUAAUGAUUAUAUAGAUAAUGAAGAAUAAUUAUAAUAUUAUUAAUUGUAAUAAUAAUAAUUAUAAUAAUAAUAAUAAUAAGAAAUAAAUCGACAUUCAGGACUUAAAUAAACAUUAUCGACAGCUGGAUUUUAAAAUGAUGAUUUAUAUUUUGGAGAUGCUAUAAAUAUCCAAUUAUAACACAAAUAAUUUACAUAAAAUAGCAAUACAUUUAAAUCAUCAAGUGGAUAGACAUAUCAAAGUCAGAAGAGUUAACAAAUAAAGUAAUAAUAAUAAUAAUAAUAAUAAUAAUAAUAAUAAUAAUAAUAAUAAUAAAUAUAAUAAUAAUAAUAAUAAAAGAUACCAUUCUAAUCAAAAACAUAUGCAUAGAGUCCAUUAGGUACAAAUUAAUUUUUGAUUGCAAACAAUCGUAAUUCUUAACCAAAAUUAACAUUUUCUUAUGAUCCUUUUUACCAUGAAUACAAUAAUAAAUAAACAAUGGGAUAACCUUAAUAAGAAUAUUAAACAAUGAUAAGGCCAUAAUUUAGAUCUUCUACAAAUUAUAUUCCUAGUGGUGCAACAUAAUUACCAGUUGUAUCAGAAGAAAGAGAUUCAUAAUUAAAUACACCUUAGAUAAACUUACCAUAUACAUCAGCUAAAUCAAUAAGUUCAGUAGGUAUAUCAAGUAUUGAUGAUAUUUAAAGAAGAGAUGGAUAAAAUAAUACUUACACAGGUCCUAGAAGGAUGACUUAGAAAUAAACUAAUACAAUAGCAAGUACAAUUAGUCCAGAUAUACAUAAGAAGAAAUCAAUUUCAGGAUCUAAUUCAAGAUCUUAUUCAGCUUUAUCUUCAAGAUAGAUUCAGCAUUAUAGUGAUCUAGAUAAUUUAUUAUUUAAAAUAAAUGUGAAAGAUAACUUUGACAUUGAUUAAAUCGGAAUAUAUUAAUAAUUCAAGCCUUAGAAUAAUUAUGAUUGUGUGGUGAAUUAAAUCAAAAUAUAAAGUAAGAAAUUAAUAAAAUAAAAGAAAAUAAAAUGA